AUGCUGAUUUUAAAAGUUGACCAGGGAUUUCUAGUUGUGGGGUGUUUGCGAGGCAUGGCUUUCCUUUUAACUUGCUUAUUUCUGUCUUGUUACAGUGCGAGCAGUGUUUGGGGAAAUCAGCACAGUGAGACCAGUAUCUAUUUGGAUAACAUCACGCGUAUAUUGGAUAGAUUACUGGAUGGCUAUGACAACAGGCUGCGACCUGGAUUUGGAGGUCCAGUUACAGAGGUCAAAACUGACAUCUUUGUCACCAGCUUUGGACCUGUUUCAGAUGUUGAGAUGGAAUACACCAUGGACGUGUUCUUCCGUCAGACAUGGAUCGACGAAAGGCUGAAAUUCGAGGGCCCCAUUGAGAUCCUGCGGCUCAACAACCUGAUGGUCAGCAAGAUCUGGACGCCGGACACCUUUUUCCGGAAUGGCAAGAGGUCGAUCUCUCACAACAUGACCACCCCCAACAAGCUGUUCCGCAUCAUGCAGAACGGAACUAUCCUCUACACCAUGAGAUUAACUAUAAAUGCGGAGUGCCCCAUGCGCCUGAUGAACUUCCCGAUGGACGGCCACGCCUGCCCGCUCAAGUUUGGGAGUUAUGCUUACCCCAUCAGCGAGAUCGUGUACACUUGGAAGAAGGGUCCCCUGUCGUCUGUGGAGGUGCCGCAGGAGUCCUCCAGUCUGCUGCAGUACGACCUCAUCGGUCAGACAGUUUCAAGCGAGAGGCUGAAGUCCAACACAGGUGAAUAUGUCAUCAUGACCGUCCACUUCCACCUGCAAAGGAAAAUGGGCUUCUUCCUGAUUCAGACUUACAUUCCCUGCAUCAUGACGGUCAUCCUGGCCCAAGUCUCCUUCUGGAUUAAUAAGGAGUCAGUUCCAGCUCGGACUGUGUUCGGUAUCACCACUGUCUUGACCAUGACGACGCUCAGUAUCAGCGCCCGCCACUCCCUCCCCAAAGUUUCAUACGCCACGGCCAUGGAUUGGUUCAUCGCCGUUUGCUUUGCCUUCGUCUUCUCCGCCCUGAUUGAGUUCGCGGCCGUCAACUACUUCUCCACCCUGCAGGCAAACCGGGAGCUGCGGAAGGCGGCGGCCAUGAAGGCGGCAGCUCAGGAGGCGGCGGCCACAGCUGCAGCUCCGGCUGCAGCCGCGGGGACGGACGGCGAGGUUUCCUCAGUGGAUGCGAGCAGUGUGCUGAAGAAGAGGAUGAACUCUGCCCCGCUGUUUGACCGCCCUGCAAAAACAUUUCCCAACCCACCUGUUAACGCCCAAGCCUUCCUGCAGCAGGGCUCAGCCGUACCGGCCAACAACGUCCUGACUGGCACCAGCAUCAUCGACAAAUACUCCCGCAUCCUCUUCCCCCUUUCGUUCGGCGCCUUCAACCUGGUCUACUGGAUCGUCUAUCUCACCAAGGACACGAUGGAGAUGUCCAGGGACACCAUCUAAGCCAAGAGUUCGUCUUCCUGGAAAUCACACACUUUCACACACCUGCACACACACACACACACAGAUAUAUAUAUAUACACAAUAAAUAGAUGACAGACG